AUGACUACCUUAUCACAAUCUGGCAACACUGUCGCCUUCAACGAGCUUCCAAUCGUCGGCACUGCUCUCGCGACUGAACAUCGGGAUUACAUCUUGCACAAUGCAAUGCGCACAAAGCCCGGCGACGCCCUAUCUUUGCGCGUUCUUCCACGCUUGUGGAAUGACCGUAGGUGCGCCGUUAGGAAUUGCGCACUGCUAAUCAAGCGACUUGUCACUUCUUGCCGCAUCGAGGUCCUCCAUGAUACGACUUCGCGUGUGUUGUAUGCUGGCAUGGGAUCUGCGCUGGAAUUGUAUGUCUUGGAACAUGCUCAGUCUCGAGCACUCGAAGAGCAUGGCACCACUGUCACUCUGUCUCAGUUAAAGGCUGAAUACAUCAAAGACCUGAAUAAGAUCAAAUCCGAAGUUCGUAUGGCACAAGACAACGGUUACGAUGGAACAAAGCUUUGCCCUGCGGGAUUUCGCGAGAUGCUGUCACCCUGGCUUGACAAGGCCGAGACAAUCUGCCACCCCGAUUUUAUGAAAAUCGACUCGGAUGACGAGCCUUUCGCGUAUCUUGAGUCCCCAUGGUCAGAGUACUACCCAGAUCCCGAUGCCAUGGUUGUCCAGAUGCCCACUCGAGGGGACUUGAGGCAUGUUUGGAUCAAGCCGCUCGAGACUGCAACCUCCAAGUUCUUGAACAUCCACGAGUCAUUCCGAGGAGAUACCUUCGAAGACCUAUUGAACGCCACCAUAAAGGUCAAUGGGGACGUCAAUCGAAGCAGACUCAAGGAUCACCUAUCUGCGGAUGAGCUUUUGCCAUUUGCUCAGAAGCUAGAGUCGGGCGUUCUGGAGGCGAUGCACGACGAAUUGUUUGGUGAGGACGAUCGGCCUAGCCCAGUGGAGAUCAAGGCCAGGUACUGGAAGCGUAUGGAAAAGAAGAUCAAAGACGAUUGCGGCAUCUUUGCCAACUUUGUGAAGCUUGUCAAGGUGUUCCACCACAAGUUCAGGAAUGUGCUGAAGAACGUCGGUCGUGGGAUGAAGAAAGUCGGUCAUGGGAUCAAGGGUUCAUUGCGGAACUUGAAGGUCAAGGCUAGGAAAGCCAGGGCUAGAGCUUCGGAACCAAUGGGUACAGAGGCAGGGACCUCGGAGAUGGCGGACAGGGAACCCACAACCACGGAGCCACUACCUCGCCAGCAGUUCCUCCAGAAGCUGGUCGACACCCUCUCUAACAUGAACGCCUCCAUGAGCGCUGAGCAUAACAACGGCAACGUGAUCAACUCUCCUGAGGAGUUGCAGCAGAUGGCUGAGUGGUUAGAGGCUCUCAUGUGGAAGGACUUGGAGGCCAAGUUCAAAGACCAGCCGAUUGGUCCCGAACAGUCACUCGCCGAGUACGUGGCCGCAGGCCUACAACUUCUCGCGAAAAUUUCGACUCAAGAGGUCUAUCUCCCCCUCAUCCGAGAAUGUUUUGGAAUAGGCACCUAG